AUGCACGACAAGCGUCCACGCUUUUCGUAUCACCACCCGCUCCCUCUUCCCAACAGCAACGAUCACGACCUAGAUCUUCUAUAUAUCCGUCCAAACACCAGUAUCUACAUCCGAGGGCUUCACACGACCCUACUAGUCCAUCAGUAUCAUAUCCCGGCCGUCAGCCGAGUUGACAGGCGAGAUAGAAAGGGGGGUCUGACGGCGGCCGGGAAUGGGGCCAAGGACAAGCAAGAUAGCCACUUAGAGGUCACACAGCACGCCGCCCUCUACAUGGCAGGACGCAAACUCCGGACCAUGGAGGACUCUACUGGGCAUUUUAGCAAUCGCUUCUAUCAUACCGGAAGAAAAUUUCACGGGUCGGUCAAGGUAUUGAACCCCACGACUGCAUAUUUCCCCAUUCUCCCAAAAGAGGGAGAGGAAGGAUAUGGUCGCCCCCAGGAUCAGCCGGCGACCGCGUGGCAUGUCUGGCGGAGCCGGGAUAAUAGAAAAGGGAGACACGCUGCGGUCGUGAACAAGGACCAUCUCGAGUCGGGAGCGGUGGGGCCGCUUCAACCGACCAAUACCUGGAAAGGUGUAGUGAGAGGCAUUUGGAAGAUGCUGGUGAAGUAUCCGGUCUGGGACGUAUCGUAUGAUGUCGCCAUCGUAUUCACUUUGGGUUCCAUCAUCUGGUGCUUCAACGGUUUCUUUGUUUGGCUUCCCCUCGAAGCGCCCUCCUCGGAGUUUAAGAAUGAAGUCCUCUGGGGAGGGGGGAUCACGGGUUUUGUCGGCGCAACCGUCUUUGAGAUCGGAUCGGUCCUUCUCAUGCUAGAGGCCGUCAACGAGAACCGCACUGAUUGCUUCGGCUGGGCACUCGAGCGUUCAAUCGAAGGCGAGGGCCUGCAUCUCUUGCCCAAGCCUAGGCAAACUUGUGCGCAUCACCACCACAUCAAGCACUCCUUCCUCAAGCCGAUUUUGGGGCGCGACCAUUUUUGGAUCGCCGGUAUCUGCGGCCUACCGCCUAUCUACGAGAAACUUCACGGCCCGUCGCUGAACGGCGCUUAUUGGGCACCCCAGGUGGUCGGCGGGAGUGGAUUCAUAAUAUCGAGCUGGCUUUUCAUGCUGGAGGUUCAGAAGAAGUGGUAUCUUCCCAACCUCACCUCUCUCGGCUGGCACAUGGGGUUCUGGAAUCUCGUUGGGGCGAUUGGCUUCACUUUAUGCGGUGCGCUUGGCUUCGCCGGCCAGAAAACAAAUAUCGAGUACGCCGGCACGCUCUCAACCUUUAUCGGUUCUUGGGCCUUCUUGAUUGGAAGCCUUGUGCAGUGGUAUGAAUCCCUAAGCAAGUACCCGAUCGUCGCGGUGAAGAAGAGCACGUUUGUAGAGGGCUCCCAGCCGGCGGUCUCCAAAUCAAAAGAGUUGAGCAACUAG